AACAGACAAAAAGGCCAAAGAAUAGCUGCAAACAUGGAUGUUGUUUUUCAAACCAGAGUUUGAAAAUUGAAUUAUAUUUGUUAUUCUGAUCUGGAUUACGUUGAUGGAUGUCCAACAAAGAGCUCUUUUACGAUGGAGGAUUGAAGGCCGUAAACUUGCUGCACUUCAGUGGAACCGCAGGAGCAAAAAGUGAACAAUGUUGAGGUAACAGUGACAGCGGACUAAAGAUGUCUGACCUCAGCCAGGUUGCAGUUUACUCCGACUCUUCAGAUAUCUAUAAGAAUGUGUUCUGCAACCCUGCCUUUGAGCUGGAGGGGGAGCGAGAGGAGAGAGUGGAGGGAUUCAGGACGUCCUCCUCCACCCCUGAACCAAUCAAACCGCCGGCAGCUGGUCUAGGCCGGGGUCUGUUUGGGGUGUGUGUGAUGCGUCUGAGGGGCCCAGGUUGUGGCUGGGGGGCCGUGGUGGUCUGUGUCGCGGCCCUGCUCCUGGUAACAGCCCUCGGACUGGCGCUGGCUCUCAUCCUCACGCAGAUGAAGAGCCAGGCAGUGGAGGAUCCGUUGCUGUCCACCAGAUCUCCAGACCGGCUGAAUACAGGAGAUGGAGCAUCCCAAACUUUACCCACAAUCUCUGCCAACAAGAGUCAACUGCCAACUGGUACAUCUGCACCACAGCCCGCGAAGAUCCCAACAUCUGAAACACGUUGUGGAGGGGUGUUGACCGACUCAGAGGGCAGUUUCAGUUCUCCAAACCACCCCGGCUCUUAUCCCCCCAACUUGCUGUGCGUGUGGGUGAUCCGAGUCGCACCCCCCUACCAGGUCCAGAUCCACGUUACCUCUCUGACCGUCGAGGGGCCGUCUCCCUGUCUGUUUGACUGGCUCGAGGUGCAGCAGCAGAUAGAACAGAGCUCCGUGGUCACCAGGUUCUGCGGAAACGUUGCACCACCGACAGUCAACACAAACGGCGGCUCGGUGUGGGUCACCUUUCGAUCUGAUGGCAGCAUCGCAGGCAGCGGCUUCACCGCUCAAUACAGAGCCACGCUGCCUGGACAUAAGAGCUGCUCCAGAGAGGAGUUCAUGUGUGACAGUGGUCGCUGUCUGCUGCCCGUGUCCGUGUGUGACGGUCAUCCAAACUGCCACGACCAGGCGGACGAGGCAAACUGCAGUCAUAAACACAAAGACUGUGGUGGGCAGAAGACGGGGCCGUUUGGUUACAUAUCAAGUCCAAACCACCCCAGGCCUUACCCUCACCAGCAGUUGUGCAUAUGGUACAUAUCUGUUGAGGAGGGUCACGUCAUUACGCUGAGCUUCAAGAACUUCAGCCUGGAGACUCAGGACGUGUGUGAGUUUGACUACGUGGAGGUGCACGACAGCGCCGACACUGGAGCUGGAAGAGUGCUGGGAAGGUUUUGUGGUACCACCUUCCCUCCAGACCUGACCUCCUCCAGCCCCCACAUGACUGUGGUGUUUGUGGCCGAUGAGGGAGUGGCUGACAGCGGCUUCAAUGCAACAUACCAGGCAGUGUCUGUCCUGGGCAGGACAUGUGGUCCCAGCCAGUUUGCCUGCAGCACAGGGGAGUGUCUUCAGCAGCAGUGGCUGUGUGAUGGAUGGGACGACUGCCCCGACGGAGCAGAUGAGCAGGGCUGUGGCAACUCCACCUACCCUCCCUUCACUUCAUCGUGUGAGGUCAUAGAGGUGCAGAUGUGUCAAGGCCUCAGCUACAACCUCACCUCAUUCCCAAACAUCUGGCUGUCCAUUGCUGACCAGAGAGAAGCUGCCACGCUCCUGCGACAGUACCGGGUGCUGAUGGAGCUGGCGUGCUUCGAGCCCUUGCGGAGGCUGGUGUGUGGGAUGUUUCUGCCCCAGUGCAGCCCUCAGGGUGGCGUCCUCCAGCCCUGCCGCUCCGUCUGCUCCUCUGCCGAGCAGCAAUGCAGCCAGGCCCUGGACCUCUUCUCCUUCAGCUGGCCCUUCAACUGCCACCUCCUGCCGGACUCACAGGACCCCGUGGAGUGCUCGCUGCCUUGAUGUUUACGGGGUUUUUUUUGUCAGUUAGAGAUGAUCGUCUCCACCCCAACAUUUCACUUCAGACUGGCAGCAGUUUGAGGACCGAAAGGCCGGCAUUUUACAGAACUGAAUACUAGUUUUCUGGACUCAGUAGGUCCUCAGCAUUCAAGAGUUGUGUUGUAGAACGCAGUGUUGACUUCAUUCAUCGCCUCAUUAAAACCUGCUGCCUUUAAAGCUUGUGGUGGAUGCAGACAAUCGUUGCACGGUGGCUAUUUUAAGAGAACGUACAUAAAUAAAAAUAACUCACGUUUUUUGUGCGAUUCAGAAACCAACUGAGCAAAAAGAAAGUUCUCAAACUCCCCAUUCAUUAGAAACCUAUUGUCUUUUUGCAUUAUUUAUUGCCUUGAUGUCAAUCACACAGAAACAGAUCUCACCUUUUUAGAAUGAAUACAGGGAGAAUACCUUCAAAACAACCUUUAUUGCAUUGUUCACCAACACACACAAUGCUCUUCUAUCCUUUCAGUGUUUUUAAACAGUCAAGAUUUGAUCCAGUGUGAGAUAAAAACGGACGUGAGCUGAAUCACACUGGAAACUAUGAUCUCUGCACAAAAUAAAAAUGUAAUAAAAACAAGCCUCAGGGGGAAAACUCUCAGCGACUCAUUGAUUUAGCUUGUUAAUAUUCUUUAUUUUGGUAACUGCUGCUAAAUUAAAGUAGCUCAUAAUACAGAGAAAUACCGAUAAAUGUUCAGGUAAGAAUCAUUCAGGUAUAAUUAAAGUAUUGGCACUGCUUUUUGAUGUUGUUACGUCAUAUCUAAGACGUCCAACAACUGCUCACAGCCGGCCACCACCUUUAUACACAUGAUCCAUUCGGUAGACAUUUUUAUACACCCGAGGCUCAGAAAGUGCGCAAGUGGAAAAAAUAUAUAUAUCUUCUCCUGA